CAAGCGAUAAAACGCCUGAGUCGCUGCAACCUCCCAAAAGCCCGCUGAUCGAUAGCUUUUCCCCUUCACCAGAGCCCUUUCGCUUCCCCCCUUCGCUCCUUGUCGCUCGCAGCCCGCGCUCGCUCCCCGACGCCGCACUCGCCGCCGCAAGUCCGUCCUCCCACCCGCUCCCUAUCCGCCUGGGAGCUCCAUCGCUUUUCUCGAAGAAUACGCGCCACUCGCAAUGGCUGCGCCUGCUACUCAGUCGCUGAAGUGUGUUGUGACCGGUGAUGGUGCAGUCGGGAAGACAUGUCUCCUGAUCUCGUACACGACGAAUGCUUUCCCUGGGGAAUAUAUCCCGACUGUUUUCGAUAACUACUCUGCAAAUGUCAUGGUUGAUGGAAAGCCCAUAAGCCUUGGCCUCUGGGAUACUGCAGGCCAGGAGGAUUACGAUCGCCUGCGCCCGCUGUCAUACCCGCAGACGGAUGUAUUCCUCAUCUGCUUCUCUAUCGUCAGCCCACCCUCGUUCGACAACGUCAAAGCCAAGUGGUAUCCCGAGAUUGAGCAUCAUGCCCCUGGCGUACCCAUCAUCCUUGUCGGCACCAAGCUGGAUCUCCGAGACGACGAGGCGACCAAGGAGAGCCUGAGGCAGAAGAAGAUGGCUCCCAUUCAGUAUGAGCAGGCCGUGCAGGUCGCCAAGGAGAUCAAGGCGCAGAAGUAUUUGGAAUGCUCGGCACUUACCCAGCGGAACCUGAAGAGCGUUUUCGAUGAGGCUAUCCGCGCUGUCCUUAGCCCUCGCCCAAUGCAGAACAAGAAGCCGCCGAAGAAGUGCCUGAUUCUGUGAGGGAGCAUGUUGGAUACGGGGUAGUGGAAUUGUUGAUGAAGGGGCACAUAUACGUGGCUUGAAUAGCAUGUGGCGAUCACCGCGAUGACCAUAUACCCAGUUCAGGACAGCCAACCAAGGGGGGAGCCAUCCCUCCAACACGACAUUCGGAACGUUCUGAGCUCAGCAUG